AUGCAAAGUGAUUUUUAAGAGGAAGUAGUUAAAUCAGAAUAUGUUUAAGCAGAGGAUUAAUCAUUCAAAUUUGUUAAUAUGCCUAGUUAUAAUCCAGAACAACUUGUUGAAGAUCGUCUUAGAGAAUCUAUUCGAUAAUCAGCUGCUCAAAGAACAGUUAAUCAUUAAGAUGACCCAACUUCUGUUAAGUUUCAUAGACAUCAAUCAUAUAAUCAAUUAUAAGCUUGGAUGGAAUAGGUUGGAAUCGAUAUGUAGUAACACAGAUAAAUAAUUAAAGAUGUAUUUCGCAUAUUAGAAAAGAGAAUUGCAAUUUCAAAUAGAAGCAUUCAAAAUCUCAUUCAUUUCAUUAAGACUUUUGUGUAACAUGAAAAAUAAAAUGUAGAGUAUUUAAGAACUAAGAAUAAUGCUAUUAAUAAACUAUUUCAAGAUGGAUAAACUUUGUAUUACCCUAAAUUAGAUGAAACAAUCAAAGAAAUAUGUAAUUAUGAUUAAGGUAAUGCUAUCAAAAUCUUGAAUCUCUUAGAUGGAAUUGAUAAAUUCAUAAAAGAGAAAUUAGAUUUCAACAUAGAGAUGUUUGAAACUGGUAUAUCAAUUCAUAGAGAUUAAUAUCGAAAAGCAUUUAGUAAUUUUGCCUCUAGUUCUUCUAAACUUACAAAAUAUCGUAGAAAACAUUAAGGAUUGUAUUUGAGAUAGAUGUAAGGUGAAUCAAAAGGGAAGGAUCUCUAUCAUACUGAACGUAAAUUGAUUAAUUCAUUUCUUGAGAUGGCUAAAUUAUAAAAAAAUAUGGGAUAAUCUGUAACUAGAUUAUUUGAUGAAGUAAAGAAAUAAGAAAUUCAUAGAUAUUAAAUUGUUAUCACAUCUCUAAGAAUGUAUCUUGAUAAACAUGUUUAAUUAAGUUAAAGUAAAUAAUAAUAGAUUUCAGCAUAAGAAGAAUUGAUUUAUGGAGUAUAAUUUUUAUUUUUAUAUAGUCUAGCUCAUUAAUUAAUUAGAAGCUGAAUAAGUAGUUUAAUCAUUUGAAGUAUUGAAUUUUUUAGGAUAAGAUAUUGUAAAAAUUAUAUAGAAGAUGCUUGGAAAACAAUCUUUGACACUUCCAUAAUUAUAAGAAUUUCUUUGUAAUUAUCCUGAUACCUAUAUUAAAUUGGGUAGUGUUCAAGAAAAUCAUUCCUUAGUUAAAUUAAGAAUUAAAAAUGCUUAAAUAGAUUGUGGAAAUGUUUUGAAAACAUGGAAACCUUGUUAAAUUAUAGCUACAAUCGAUAACAACAUACUUAUAUACCUAAAAGAGAAUAAUGAAUUCAAAGGUAAAUUUUUAUGUGAUUCCUCAUAAAUUGUACAAAAGACAAGAGUACCAUUAACAGCAGAAAUUAAAUAUACAAAACCUGGUUUUAUUUUUGAUUCUACAAAAACAGCUCUCUUGUAAUUAGAAGCUUAAGAUUUUGAUGCACUUCAUGGUUUGUUAUUCAAAUAAAUUAAAUGA